AUGGAAGAGGCCAUAAAGUCCCUAGAUAUGAUCGGUAAAAUGAAGACCUUUGAGGAAGAAAAUAGCCAGAUUCCAGAAUUCCAGGUGUUCGGAUAUUAAAUGAGAAUGAUAAUGGAGAUAAUCCAGUUCAUUAGAGCGGUCCGAACAGGGCACUAGCAGCUGCAUCUUACAUCGCCGCAGUCGUUCACAAAGACCUUUUUUUACUCAUGACCGUCUUAUAUAACAACGCCAGAGUGAUUCCACUGUACCUUGCUGAAAUACAGAUGCUACAAGAAACAGACCCAGAGAAAUAUGAAGAAUUCCUCGAAGGUAAUUGGGUCGUUAACAAGAAUCUGCGUGUGCCAUUUUGUGCUUUGGGUGCGGACCAUGCUUUAGAGGAAAUAAAUUGCUAAAUAAAGUCUCAGGGGGGCUAGUUGGUGUCACCCUGAAUCCAAACGCCGGUACUAAUUUUUUUCUCAUCGCUCCUGAGCUUGCUUGAUUAGCCCAGGAUGCGAAAAAAGUGGCGGAGACCACUCUGGCAAAAGAAGGUACUCAUCAUCACACCUUGUCAACUCCUGUGAUUUCUCGCGAAGAGAAGAACAUAGAACAAGUAAUAAACACAAUUAGGAAUUUCACGAAUCCCUUCAUAGUGCAGAGCAACGGUCUUUUCCAUGUCGUGACAAAGGUUGUAAUGCCAAGCAAGGUCAAGAAGGAUCUUUUGGAACAAAGUGAGAUUAGCCAGAAACUGUUUGAGACCUUUGAGAGAGAUCGCAUCAAGUCAGGAAACAUCAAUCUUUAG